AAAUUGGCACUUCAGUUUAAGGCUGAACUUGAAAAUGUUACGGACGUUGGACCGAGCAGCGAAGAAUAUGAAUGGCACUUUAAGGUAAAAUGUAAUAGUUGUAAAGAAAUAAAUGAGAAUUGGGUUGGAGUAAAUCGACUUGCCAGUAAUGCUAUAAGUGGUUCACGAGGAAGUGCAAAUUUUGUAAUGCGUUGUAAAUUUUGUAAACGCGAAGGUUAUGCACAAUUUGAUAAUACACCCAUUAAACCAUAUACCAUUGAUGACAGCGGACGAUUCUUUCAGAUGGCAGUUAUUGAUUGCAGAGGGUUAGAAUUUGUGGAUUUUGAUCCGAGGAUUGGUUUUAAAGCUAAAGGUGCUGAAAGCAAAACGAUUUUUGAUGACAUUGAUUUAACGUCGAAAGGAGAUUGGGCAGAUUAUGAUGAAGAGGCUGGGGUUCCCGUUGGGAUUUCUGAGAUAGAGGUUAAAUUUGUUUGA